CAAUUCCUUUUAAACACAUGUAGAGGCAAACAGUUUAUUGCUUUAACUGUUCCAGUAUCUAGUUUUAGCUUUUUAAUCCAGAUCCAAGGUAUCAAGCAUAUGUCUGAUUUAGAAUCCAGGGAUUUAUUAGAGACUGGAGGCACGUGCGGAGGCAGCUCCCCUUCUUUGAGACGACCACUUUGCAUUAUCAGAUCAGACACAAAGAAGAAGAGGAAGAGGAGGAGCGGCCAGCAGAGGAGGCACAAAGCUGCUCUUUACGAGGGUAACAUGACAAAGCAGGUGAGCGGUUCGCCUUUCCUGAAGCCCUUCUUCCUGAAGACGCCCGUCAGAGUGGUCACCCCUCGGCAGCAGAGACGACACACGCUCCCCGCCAGCGAGUUCAGAAACCUCACCCCACAGGAUGCAAUCAGCGUGUUCGAAAUAGAAAGAGAAGCAUUCGUGUCCGUCUCUGGCGAGUGCCCACUCACGCUGAAUGAGGUGCUUAAUUUUCUGGGUCAGUGCCCCGAGCUGUCUCUGGGUUGGUUUGAGGAGGGGCAGUUGGUAGCCUUCAUCAUUGGCUCCGGCUGGCACAAGGAAAGGCUUUCACAGGAGGCCAUGACCCAACACGUUCCAGACACGCCUACUGUGCACAUCCACGUGCUGUCGGUGCACCGCCACUGUCGACAGCAAGGCAAGGGAUCCAUCCUGCUGUGGCGCUACCUGCAGUACCUGCGGUGCAUGCCGGGCCUCCGCAGAGCGCUGCUCAUCUGCGAGGACUUCCUGGUGCCCUUCUACCUAAAGGCCGGCUUCAAGGAGAAAGGGCCCUCGGAAAUCUCCAUAUCCAACAUGCAGUUCCAGGAGAUGGAGUACAUGCUGAACGGGCAGGUGUACGCGCGACGGAACAGCGGCUGCUAGUCGGCUGCGUUCGCUGGACUCAAUGUAACAAACCCUGUUGCACUGGUGGACUGGACUCCACACCUAACCCAACGAGAAAGGGGAGAGAGGUUUGCGUGGACAGAGUGGAGUGACAGCGGAUUCAGACAGCAAAUUGUUGCUUUUUACCGACAGACAUAACAUCAUAUUCUUCAUCAUCAGCUUUUAUCUCAAUUAAACCCACUGUAGUUCGUGGCGAGUGAGGGGGCCUAAAAAAAAAAAAAAAUAAAACUGAUUAAAUUACAACACAAUCUUUAGAAACGUCGUGUUUCAUUGUUUGAUUUUAAUAAACUACACAACAUCCAGCAGGCGUUA